AUGGGCUACCGCGCCGUGGCCCUGCUUCUCCUGACCCUCGCUGUCGCCGUGGCACUGCCAUCGUCGGCGGCGGGGGCCAGAGGAGCCGCCAGGACCGGGAGCAGCACGGAGGCGAUCUCCAUCCAGGACAUUGACGCCGUGUUCUUCCCGUCCCCGGCCCAAGACCAAGAGGUAGACCCCACCGGCACCAAGUCCAUCACCUCGACGCUCAUGUCCGCUGGAGCUGCUUCACGCGAGAGCUCCUUCACGCCGGAGGCAUAUAAUGUGAAGUGGAACCACAAGAGAGACCACAACCCACCACAUGAUGGUGUUGCUGCACACUGGAACUCCUUCACGCCGGAGGCAUAUCCGGCGUGGAGCCUCAAGGGAGACCCCAGCCCGUCGCUCGGUGGCGUUGCUACACAGCAGAGCUCCUUCACGCCGGAGGCAUAUCCGGUGAAGUGCAAGGGCCCAUUCCCACCAAGUACUGAAGGCGGUUGUCCUCCACCGCAUGCAUAUGUUGCUGAGACGACGUUGGCACGCCGCCAUGACGACCUGCAUGUCGAGACUGGGAUGCUCUUCACGAGGAGUAGCAUGUUUCCGGGUGCAAUCCUACCGGAAGGCACCAAGUUCGCCGGCAAUGGCUUCCCAGAUCCCCGGAGGUUCGUCUUUCGGGAGGACGCGGACGCCAUCCCCUUCAGCUACAAGCAGAUUGACACCAUUCUGAGGACAUUUGGGGUUCCUCGUGGAUCCAAGAAGGCAGAUCAAGUCGCCGCCACCCUCCGGACUUGCGAGGCCAAGUCCCCGGAGCCUCACACUUGCGCCACCUCCAAGCAAGCGGAGGUCGAAUUCGCUGCCUCCUCGCUGGCGACCAGGAUCAGCGAGCUGCGCGCCGUCGUCACCGUCGUCCACGGGAAGAAGGACGCUGCCAGGUACACGGUGGCACCGAACGGGGUGGCGCGCAUCGGCAAGGCAGGCAGAGGCGCCAUGGUGCCGUGCCACCUGAUGGCCUAUCCGUACAUGGUCCACUACUGCCACCGGUUGGCGGACGUGGAAGCUCUCCGCGUUGAGCUGAUGGGGUUCGGAGACGACGGCCACGCGGCGGCGGCGGCCAGCGGCGCAACCGCGAUCGCGAUGUGCCACGCCAACACGACGAGCUGGGAUGCCCGCUACUUCCAAAUGCUGAACGCGACGCGCGGGGAGGAGAUCUGCCACUUCAUGCCGCGCAACUACGUGCUGUGGCUGCCUGCUGCCGCUCUGUAG